UUUCUUUGCUCAGCUAACCUGAUAGUAUUCUACCCGACUGCAACUUCCCGAUGUGUCCUUUCUGAGGCGUGGUGGUGCGUGCGGUGGAACACUGUUCAGUCCGCUCCGGUCCUGACUCACCGCUGUCCGCUCCAGCUGAGGAACAAGUCGCUCAGGAAGCCACGCCACAGCCAUGGCCUUUAAAGAUACCGGAAGACGCCCGUGGAGCCCGAGGUGGCGGGCGAUUCACCGGAUUCGAAUCACGCCCACCAUCCACGCUGUGAAGUCUCUGGAGAGGGUGUGUGCUGACUUGACCAGAGGCGUAAAGGGAAAGAAGCUGAGCGUGAAAGGACCAGUGCGCAUGCGCACGCCACCAAGCCGCGGAGACCCACCACAAGAAAAAACGCAUUGUAGUGAAGGUUCCAAGACAUGGGAUCGUUUCCAAAUGAGAAUCCACAAGCGACUCACUGACUUACACAGUCCUUCAGAGAUUGUUAAGCAUGUUCCUUCCAUCAGUACUGAGCCAGGAGUGGAGGUUCAAGUCACCAUUGCAGAUUCUUAAGUCAACGAUUUUAAUAAAUUGACUUAACCAGUUGUUUAAAAAAAUAAAUAAAAAGAAUGCUAAAAAUUGGCUUAUACCUGACUUUUUUUUUAACCUAGGCACCCUGAGCCCAUUUAAAAUUUUACGUUUCUCCACAGAUUCUGAAAGACAUGUAUUUGUUCCUGUACAAAGGAUGCUGUCU